CCAGGGUUUAUCCCCUCAUCACUGAUCUCCCUUCAUCCCUCCAAUCCUCAUCUGUUCCUCAUAGGGGCAUUGGAUAGAGGGAGUGACGGAGGAAUAUCUCACUGUCUGUGAUACCAAAAGUGAAUGAGCGGGACAAAGUGUAGCAACAGGCAGGCUGAACUUAUGACAACCAUCAGAGGGAGACGGCUGGAGGAAGAGUGAUUGAAUAUCUGCCGCAUUACCUUGAGUGGAGUCUCCUAAUUGGGACACUCAUUCAAAUAGUCAAAGAGAGAGAGGCACUGCCGCAGGGACGCACGCGAUAAGAUCAACACAAGUAUUCCCUCCUAUCAGUUCUCGAGGAUUAUCAGCUCUCCUGCCAUCUCUCCCUAUAUCCAUUGGUGACAGCGCCUAACAACCAUCGCCAUGGGUGAAAUGGAGCAGUUGCGAAAGGAGGCGGACAGCCUCAAGGACCAGAUCACCGCGGCUCGCAAGGCGGUGCAGGACACCACCCUGCAAGAAGCGGUAGCCGAGAUCCCCGCUGUGGGACGCGUCCAAUUGAAGACCAGGAAAACACUGAGGGGUCACCUCGCCAAGAUCUACGCUAUGCACUGGGGCGCUGACUCAACGUUGUGUGUCAGUGCCUCACAAGAUGGAAAACUCAUAGUGUGGGACAGCAUUUCAACCAACAAGGUGAAUGCCAUUCCCCUCAAGUCCUCGUGGGUGAUGACUUGUGCAUACGCACCUUCGGGGAACCUGGUGGCUUGUGGCGGCCUGGACAACAUGUGCUCCAUCUACAACCUCAAGGGCAAGGACGGAAACGUCAAAGUCAUGCGGGAGCUGGCGGCACACACAGGUUACCUGUCCUGCUGUCGUUUCCUCAGUGACACUGAGAUCAUCACCAGCUCUGGAGACUGCACCUGCGUACUAUGGGACAUUGAGACGGGGACCCAAAAGACAGUCUUUGCCGGACACCAGGGAGACUGCAUGUCCCUGGCCGUGUCCCCAGACUUUAAGUUUUUCAUCUCAGGGGCGUGUGAUUUCACAGCCAAGCUGUGGGACAUCAGGGAGGAGCAAUGCAGACAGACCUUUGGGGGCCACGAGAGUGACAUCAAUGCAAUUGGGUUCUUCCCCAACGGUAACGCGGUGAUAACGGGCUCGGAUGACGCCACCUGUAAACUGCACGACCUGCGAGCUGACCAGGAUCUGCUCACCUACCAGGACUCCAGCAUCAUGUGCGGGGUCACCUCCCUGGCCCCCUCCCUGUCCGGACGCCUGAUACUGGCUGGCUACGACGACUUCAAUGUCAACAUCUGGGACACGCUGAAAUCGGAGAGAGUGGGGGUGCUGGCUGGUCAUGACAACAGAGUGAGCUGUAUCGGGGUGUCCUCAGACGGGAUGGCGUGUUGCACGGGAUCCUGGGACAGCUUCCUCAAGAUAUGGAACUGAGGCUGCUUCUCACCAGCGAGCGGAAGGAGAGCAGUAAUUAUCGACCUGGUAGAAAGUGAACAAGAUAGAAACAGGGGUUUG